AUGUUGGAGACUCAAAUCUCCCAAGUGGCACAACAACAAGCUGCUUCUGUUGUUCCUUCCGGAUCAUUUCUAGGGAAGCCCGAACAAAAUCCUAAGGAACAUUUGAAUGUCGUGACAACCCGUAGUGGUAAAGAAGUUGUUGAAGAGGUUGAGAAGGAAUCACCAUAUGUUGUUCCUCCUCCUUAUAAACUCAUUGUUCCUUUCCCACAAAGGCUUGUGAAAUCCAAGGUGGAAGCUCAAUUCAAAAAGUUUGUGGAACUUCUCAAGAAUAUCCACCCCAGUGUGCCUUUCACCGAGGCGCUAACACAAAUGCCCUCAUAUGCCAAGUUCUUAAAGGAGAUCCUUUCCAAUAAAAGAAAUCCAGAGGAUAAUGAGAUCGUGGCCAUGACCAUUGAUAUUAGUGUCGUGAUUCAAAACAUGGUGAUUCCUAAGCUCCAAGAUCAAGGAGGUUUCUCCAUCCUUUUUCAUAUAAGUACCAUGGACUUUGAUAGAGAUCUAUGGGAUUUAAGAGUUAUUGUUAGCCUAAUGCUUUUGUCAGUGUGUAAGAAGUUGGAUACGGGGGACAUGAGACCUACCAAUAUGUCUUUGAAUCUUUAUGAUAAAUCGGUCAAGUUACCUAUAGGUGUGCUAGAAGAUAUCCCGAUGAGAGUGGGAGAAUACUUCUUUUCCGGUAGACUUUAUGAUAAUGGACAUCGAUGGAAAUGGUUAAAUCCCUAUAAUUCUAGGAAGGCCCUUCCUAGCUACGGCGGGGGGCAUCAUAAAUGUUAA